GACGUAAAGUUCUGAGCAGCAUCUUUAAAUAGGGCUCCAACAUGCGAACGUCGUGAUAAGCAAAAAAAAAAAAAAAGACUCGUAGCACGAAGUCCUUUUUUACCUUGUAUACAUUUUUUGGUUUAUUCUCUAUUAAAGACUAAACAUUAAGUUCAUCAGCCCGUUGUAUACAUCACCUUCCAUGUCUCAAGAUUUGUUGGAAAAUGGGAAUGCGCUCCAGGAUGAAACCGAGCCAUUCUGCACAACUCUAGAAGCUGAAGAGCCCGAUCAUGAGACCAAACACAACGCUUAUCUGUGGUGUAAAGAAUUUCUGCACGGAGCCUGGAAGUGUAUAGAUGAAGAGGAUUUUCAGAUAACUGCAGUCAGAGGAGGUCUCAGCAACAGGCUGUUCCUCUGUGCAUUACCCGAGGUGCAGCAGAGCAUUGGGGAUGAGCCAAGGAAUGUGCUGCUUCGCCUAUAUGGAGCCAUACUUCAGAUGUCCUGUAAUAAAGGAGACUCAGGACAGUCAGAAAAUCAUUCUCAAGGAGAUGAUUCUAUGGUUCUGGAAAGUGUGAUGUUUGCCAUUCUGGCAGAAAGGCAGCUUGGGCCUAAGCUCUAUGGCAUCUUUCCCCAAGGGAGACUGGAACAGUAUUUCCCAAGCUGCAAUCUUUCCAAAGAGGAACAGAAAAGUCUCAGUUUAUCUACUGAGAUUGCAGAGAAAAUUGCUAGGUUCCACAAGAUGAAGAUGCCGUUGAACAAAGAGCCCAAAUGGCUGUUUGGCACGAUGGAAAAGUAUAUGAACCAGAUACAAAGCCUAACCUUUAACAGUAAGAUCCAGACACUAAAAUUCAACCUCCUUAUGAGCUACAACCUACCUCAGGAGAUGGAGAACCUCAGGUGCCUUCUGGAGCCCUCCAAGUCUCCUGUUGUUUUCUGCCACAAUGAUUUACAAGAAGGAAACAUCCUUCUUGUAAGUGACCAGGAAAACAUGGAAAAGGAGAAGCUUAUGCUGAUUGACUUUGAGUACAGCAGCUACAACUACAGAGAAUUCGACAUAGCAAAUUACUUUUGUGAAUGGAUGUACCAGUACCACUGUGACGCACCCUUUUUCACUGUAAAUACCAAGAAUUAUCCAAACAGAUCUCAGCAGAUGCAUUUUAUUAAAAGCUACCUGUUGGAAUAUGACCCUGAACUGAAAAACUUGAGUGAGGAAAACCAGAUAAAAAUUUUUGAGGAUGUGUUAGUGGAGGUUAGCAGGUUUGGUCUUGCAUCACACUUUUUUUGGGGGUUGUGGUCUAUAAUUCAGGCAAGACUGUCCACAAUCAAGUUUCCCUACCUGGACUAUGCCAUAGCUAGAUUUAAGGCAUUCUUCAAACUUAAAAAGGAGCUGGGAGUUUAAAAGCCAUGUUAUUACAGAAGAUACAAAAAAGCGAAGAAGCGUGAAGUGGAAACAGCAGACCUGGUUUUUGAAUUCAACUUAAAGUGAUGCUUUGCUACUAUGAUGCAUAUAUGGUGCUGCACAUUUAUAUAAAGAGAGUUUAAAUGUGUACUAUGCUACUUGUCAGAGUUUAUCCAAGUGUUGUAUUUUAGAUCGAAAAGUUCAACACAUUUUUAAUUCUGAAAGCUUCUAUGCAACUUAAACAAAACAAAACAAAAAAAACCUAAUACAUAUAAAGUCAUGGGUUGACUCUUGAAUAAAAAAACUGAUUCAACUACUGCAAUAACAUUUAGAAGCUCAGCUAGGUGGGAGUAUUUGACCCCAAAGAGUUACGCGUGUCUGCUUUUAUUAUGGCAAGCAAUCUCUGCUGUGUUAUCUUUACAGCCUGCACUAGGAAAUGUGAAAACGUGAGGUUUACAGUCGUGGACCUUGAGCUAUAUGGUGGCAUGACAGACCAAACUGAUUCAGCACUAUGGCUUUUCAGUGAUGUUAGACAUUCAACUUGUUUUCUUAGUGAAGCCUUAUGAUCAUGUGUUUGGUGUGGGGUUUUUUUUCUAUACUUGACCCACUAGAAAGAUUAUAAUUUUUUUUUUAUAAUAGUAGGUUAAGAGGGCUAUAGUGUAAGAAAUCAAAAAUACUUUGUGGAAGGUGAUCACCUGUAUUCACGUGAAAAUUAGAUCAUGCAUGUGAUCUGAUUUUAAAUUAGAAACUGGAGUCUGAAAAAUAUUUUUUUUUAGCUUACUAACUCACUAACUGAUUUCAAUUUGUGUAUACAGUGUUCACUAUUAACUUGUGCUACAUAUUAAUGAUCCUUCCCUUUUUCAUAGAUAACACUCUUUGAUCCACAUAAGAUCAAUUUUUUGAUUGAUUUUUAAACUGCGCAAUGACAUAAGUCAUUUCUUUAAAUGUAUUAUAAUUUAUAAAUUGCCUGGAGUAUAAGCUUAACUGUGUUAACUGUGAUAAAAUUAUUUUUUUAAUAUUUUACAUUCUCUGCUACUAUUUUUGAGUAUAUCUUUUGUUAUAUUUAGCUGCAGGUGUAUAUUACAGUAUUUAAUUUUGUUUUUAACUUUAGUGUGUGUCACUCAUGAGCCAUGUAUAAAGUAUUUCUUUGGUUGGUAAAAAGUGGAAUUUGGGUUUUGUCCUUUAAUGGAAGAGGGAUUUUCCUUAAUAAGAAAGUUUUGUUUUGUGAAGGCAUUUAAAUCUUGCUAAUUCCUUUUUUUUUCUUUUCAGUGUGCCUAGUCAACCUUUUUCCUAAGCUGAGAGAAAUUCAUACACAUUCUGAAAAUGUAAUCUUGAAUUCCACUAUAAAAACAAGGGGCCAAUGGAAAACAAAUAGUUGUAUAUAUAUAUAAGUGAAUGCAAUGGUGUAUAAAUUAUAUACUGCAGACAUGAUCUGACUUCAUGUAUGUACAAUUUUACAGGACAAUUUAAAGCCAAACUACAGUUUGUGCUACAGUUUACUCUUUUUGUAUUGUAAUGAAGUAAGAAAGUGGCUUUUCAAUUAAAAAAAAAUGUUUAACCAUGUUCUGUAGUAAAAUGAAGUAUUAAUAAAAAUAUGCAAAACUA